AGAAGAUGCUCUUAUUCGCGCUUUCAUCUUCGCUGCUUUCGAGCUCGUCUCACGGAUUCGAUUCUCGCCGCGAUGGCUUUUUCUUUCGACGUUGUGUUGUCACCAACUCAAGCUCUCUAGGACACGCCACUAUUAGAGAUGAACGUGGAAGGAUCAAGAUGCACCGAGUCGACAAUAACGCUCGACCACGGCUGUCGGCCUUGUGCUCUCCAGACUACCGGCAGUAAUUUGAUAUGCGACCACCUGAGACGGACGAUGGUUCCAUGCCGAGAAGAGGAGGAGAGGGAGAAUGGGUGUUGUGCACACAGAGACUUCCCUCAGCGCGCGGGUGGGCUCAGCUGGCAGCUUGGAGAAUGGAGGAUCGACCUCACAUUUCUGAGCUGUCUGAUUCGGGACAGUGUCGCUCACCUGGGAUGAGAGCAUCUUUUCUUCUCGGCCCGCUUGGUGCUGUUCUAAGCUUGUGUCUGCAGGGUCGAUCAAGCUCGGACGCACUUUUAGAUCUGCGGCUGCCUGUCGCCCUGCUAACGUUAAUGGACCUCUGCCUACGUUACUCUAGGGUGGGAUGGGUGAUUGAGAAGUCUUCUCGGUCUAUGAUAAAGGUGUCUGCGUCGAACGGUACCAUAAUCUAUCCCUUCCAUCCAUCUGCAUCCACGCUUCACCGGUUCCACCUCCCAUGCGAGCUCGUCCUCCCACCACCAUCUCCUCGUACCGGACCAGCGUCUUCUCGGCUUAGACAAGAAAGAAUCCUAGUCGCGGAUUCUGGACGAGGAUUGACUUUCGUCCAGCUUUGCUUCUCGGCCUGUGAAUAACCGGUGCACAUCGGCUACCUCACUGAUUUUUGGUGUCU